CCUCCUUCCCACCCUCUCACACACGCACACGGCGCCAUGGCGGAGCAGCAGCAGUUCUACCUCUUACUCAGCAACCUGCUGAACCCUGAUAACGCGAUCAGGAAACAGGCCGAGGAAGCUUAUGAGAAUAUCACAGGCCAGGCAAAGGUCACGUUUCUUCUGCAAGCACUUAGGAAUACAGCAGCUGGAGAAGAGGUAAGACAGAUGGCCGCAGUUUUAAUGCGCCGAAUGCUAUCUGCUUCGUUUGAAGAGGUGUAUCCAAACCUGCCAACUGAUGCACAGAAUGCUAUCAAGACAGAAUUACUUCUGGGAAUCCAAACAGAGGGGUCACCAAACAUCAGGAGGAAGACCUGUGACAUUGCAGCAGAGCUUUCUAGGAAUCUAAUUGAUGACGAUGGCAACAACCAGUGGCCAGAACUCCUGAAAUUUCUCUUUGAAUCGGUCAGCUCCCAGAAUGUGGGGUUACGUGAGGCUGCGUUGCAUAUUUUCUGGAAUUUUCCAGGAAUUUUUGGAAAUCAGCAGCAACAUUAUCUUGAAGUUAUCAAACGAAUGCUGCUUCAAUGCAUGCAGGACACUGAGAACCCAACAAUUCGUACUCUGGCUGCGAGGGCUGCAGCAGCAUUUGUGUUGGCAAAUGAAAAUAAUCUUCCCCUCCAAAAGCAUUUUUCUGAUAUGCUGCCUGGAAUAUUGCAGGCUGCGAAUGACUCUUGUUAUCAAAAUGAUGACUCUGUGUUGAAAUCUUUGGUGGAGCUUGCAGACACAGCACCUAAAUAUUUACGUCCUCAUCUGGAGGCAACUUUAACAUUGAGUCUCAAGAUCUGUGCAGACGUUAACCUGCAGAACAUGCAACGUCAGCUGGCACUUGAAGUCAUAGUAACUUUGUCAGAGACUGCCUCUGCAAUGCUGAGAAAGCACAGCAACAUUGUAUCACAGGCUAUUCCACAGAUGCUGACUAUGAUGGUGGAUUUAGAGGAUGAUGAGAACUGGUCAAAUUCAGAUGAACUGGAAGAUGAUGACUUUGACAGCAAUGCUGUUGCUGGUGAGAGUGCACUGGACAGAAUAGCCUGUGGCCUCGGUGGCAAAGUAGUGCUUCCACUGAUAAAAGAACAUAUCAUGCAAAUGUUGCAAAAUCCUGAAUGGAAGUAUAGACAUGCAGGCCUGAUGGCCUUAUCUGCUAUUGGGGAAGGUUGUCAUCAGCAGAUGGAAGGAAUCCUCAAUGAAAUAGUGAACUUUGUCUUGAUGUUUCUUCAAGAUCCUGUAAGUUCAGUUAGGUACGCAGCUUGUAAUGCAAUUGGCCAGAUGGCUACAGAUUUUGCACCAACGUUUCAAAGAAAAUUUCAUGACAAGGUGAUUUCGGCUCUUUUGCAAACUAUGGAAGAUCAAGCUAAUCCACGUGUUCAAGCUCAUGCUGCUGCUGCUCUAAUCAAUUUUACUGAAGACUGUCCUAAAACGCUGCUACUCCCCUACUUAGACAAUCUAGUAAACCAUCUACAUGUCAUCAUGGUUGCUAAAUUGCAAGAGCUGAUACAGAAGGGAACUAAGUUGGUAUUGGAGCAGGUUGUUACAUCCAUUGCUUCAGUGGCUGACACAGCAGAGGAGAAGUUUGUUCCAUAUUAUGAUUUAUUUAUGCCAUCGCUGAAGCACAUCGUAGAAAAUGCAAUACAGAAGGAGCUCCGACUACUGAGAGGAAAAACAAUUGAGUGCAUUAGCCUGAUAGGCCUUGCUGUCGGUAAAGAUAAGUUUAUGCAAGAUGCCUCGGAUGUGAUGCAGCUGCUUCUGAAAACUCAAACUGAUUCCAGUGAAUUGGAUGAUGAUGACCCUCAGAUCUCUUACAUGAUCUCCGCAUGGGCAAGAAUGUGUAAAAUCCUAGGGAAAGAGUUCCAGCAGUAUCUUCCUGUUGUUAUGGGACCACUGAUGAAGACUGCUUCGAUAAAACCCGAAGUGGCUCUCCUGGACACACAAGAUAUGGAGAACAUGAGUGAAGAUGAUGGAUGGGAAUUUGUGAAUCUUGGUGAUCAGCAGAGCUUUGGAAUCAAAACUGCAGGGUUAGAGGAAAAAGCAACUGCUUGUCAAAUGUUGGUAUGUUACGCUAAAGAACUGAAAGAAGGAUUUGCUGAGUACACAGAACAAGUGGUAAAGCUGAUGGUGCCACUUCUUAAAUUUUACUUCCACGAUGGUGUUCGUGUUGCAGCAGCUGAAUCGAUGCCUCUGCUCCUAGAAUGUGCUAGGGUUCAAGGACCCAAUUAUGUGACUCAAAUGUGGCAUUUUAUGUGUGAUUCCCUCAUCAAAGGAAUUGGUACAGAACCAGACUCUGACGUUCUUUCUGAAAUUAUGCAUUCUUUUGCAAAGUGUGUUGAGUUGAUGGGUGAAGGCUGUGUAAGCAGUGAACAUCUUGAAGAACUGGGAAAUAUUAUGAAGGGGAAACUAGAGGAGCACUUUAAAAAUCAAGAAUUAAGACAAGCAAAGAGACAAGAUGAAGACUAUGAUGAACAAGUUGAAGAAACCUUACAAGAUGAAGACGAAAGUGAUGUUUACAUCUUGACUAAAAUUUCAGACAUCUUGCACUCAUUGUUUAGCUGCUAUAAGGAAAAAGCACUGCCAUGGUUUGAACAACUUCUUCCACUAAUGGUCAACCUUAUUUGUCCGCAUAGACCAUGGCCAGACAAACAGUGGGGUUUAUGCAUAUUUGAUGAUGUGAUUGAACAUUGCAGUCCCACCUCAUUUAAAUAUGCAGAGUACUUCCUGAGGCCCAUGUUACAAUAUGUCUGUGACAACAGUCCUGAGGUGAGACAAGCAGCAGCUUAUGGCAUUGGAGUAAUGGCCCAAUUUGGUGGAGAGAACUACAGGCCAUUUUGCACUGAGGCAAUUCCCCUCCUAGUAGGAGUUAUACAAAUGGAAGGGUCGAAAACCAAAGAAAAUAUUAAUGCAACAGAAAAUUGCAUUUCUGCAGUCGGGAAAAUCAUGAAAUGUAGACCAGAGUGUGUAAACGUGAAUGAGUUCUUGCCUCACUGGCUAUCAUGGCUACCGCUGCAUGAAGACAAAGAAGAAGCAGUUCACACUUUCAAUUAUUUGUGUGAUCUUAUUGAAAGUAACAACCCAAUUGUCCUUGGACCUAAUAAUUCCAGUCUUCCCAGAAUAUUUGGCAUCAUUGCUGAUGGUCUUGCUAAUGAAGCUAUAAAGAAUGAAGAUGGCUGUAGUAAACGGUUGGCAAAUGUAAUUCGACAAGUACAGGGUUCGGGAGGAUUGUGGACAGAGUGUAUGUCAUCUCUUAAUGAAGCACAGCAGGCGGCUAUACAAAACCUGUUGAACAUUGCUUGAAUGGCCUUAAAUAGUCGCAACAUGCAAAAUCAUUCAUGAUUUGUCUUUUUCUCCCUCUUCUGUGAGAGAACUGUUAUGUGGGUCACUUAUGCAGACCGCAAUGUGUAGCAGGAAUCUCUAUGGCUCAACUCAUUGUGCAUUAGGACUGUUGCAAAUUACAGAGGAAAAAAAUAUUCAUACCCCUACAGCACUGAUACUUAUUUUUCUACUUGGUAUCACCAAAACAUGGCACAAAUGUAGUUGGUUUAAACCGGCUGUCUCAUUAACAGUAAUAAUUUUGAAAAAAAAUUGCUUCAGUGUUGGUGUGCUUUAAACUGGUAAAAUAUUUCUAUACAUCUAGUAUUGAACUACUAAAUAGUGUAUCAAUUGUUUUUCCGUUUCAAAGGUAGGAUAUAGAAUCUUCGGUCUCACGAACGCCAAAAUAGCCCAGCAUGCAAGAUCCUUCAUUUGUGCUAUCGUUUUGAUCAUUUUCUCCCUCCCCCUUAGCACUGACUCCUGUCCAGCGAAUAAUUCUGAAAUAUAAUUUUUUUUAACAUAUCCAGCAGCAUUUCAUCCACAUUGCCCAAUAAACAAUGACAAAAUGCAAUGGAAUUUCAUGUGAACUGCACCUUUAUUGAAUGCUAUUUUCAACUGGUGUCAUGUCUUUGAUUGCUGCUGAAUUAGUGACCAAUUUUCAGUUGUUGUAUGGUCGCGUAAUAUCCUACAAUACUGGUACUUUCAGUGCUGAUCUGAUUCCAAGCUCUGUUGGUGGGUGGGGGGGUGGGGGCAAAAUAGCAAUAGGAUAAAUAUAAAGAAAAUUUGCAAAAUGUCAUCUGCUUUAUUUUGCAACUUCAAAUUGCAAUAAUAAAGGUUAUGUUAACAAUU